CCUGCCGGAAUGUUUUAAUUCGCCCAUCCUCGCUUCUUCGAAUAAAUCGCAGAAUAUCUUUCGAAGUAGUGUCAAGCUUUAAGGGGCGUCCAGCGGGCUGCAUAUACACAGACACACAACACUACUAGACCGGUUAUCUGUUCAUCAGAGGCAGGCUCUCAUAGAGCUCCCAGUCGGAGAGUGAAUGAGGUUGAUGCUGUUCUGUUGUAACUGGAAGGACGAACGUAUGGGAGAGGAGGAAGCUGGCAGAAGCUUGCCCGUGUGUGCGGGAUGCAGACAACGGAUUUAUGAUGAACAGUAUCUCCAGGCACUCAACAAUGACUGGCACACUGUAUGCUUCAGAUGCUGUCAGUGCAGUGCCUCCCUGUCCCACUGGUACUAUCAGAAGGAGGGCCGGCUCUUCUGCAAGAAGGAUUACUGGGCCAAGUUCGGAGAGCUGUGCCAUGGAUGCAACGACCCCAUCACAACCGGCCUGAUCAUGGUCGCAGGGGAACAGAAGUACCACCCAGAAUGCUUCACCUGUCUGAACUGCAGAGCCUUCAUCGGAGAUGGAGACACCUACGCACUGGUGGAGAGGUCCAAACUAUACUGUGGCCACUGUUACUACCAGACCAUUGUGACGCCUGUGUCCCUGUCAGACUCACCAUGCUCCAGGAUCCCCCACACGGUGACCCUGGUGUCCAUCCCAGCCUCCACAGACGGGCGGAGAGGGAUCUCUGUCGCCAUCGACCAGCCUCUCAGCCCUCUCAGUCCCAAUGGCUACGGCCCUGAACACACUGUCAGGGUGUCACAGGUGGACUCUGAGUUGAUCAGUCCAGAUGUGAAGAACUCCAUACAUGUCGGAGACCGGAUCCUGGAGAUCAACGGAACACCCAUCAGGAACGUUCCUCUCGAUGAGAUUGACCUGCUCAUCCAGGAGACCAGUCGUCUGCUCCAGCUGACCAUAGAGCACGACCCCCACGACCAGGGGGGUUCAGAGGGGGAGACAGUGGACGGACCCCUGAUCACUCCUCUGUCUGGCGGUCCCAGCCCCAUCCUCCCCAUCACCCAACCCCCACACCCAGACAUCAAUAACCUGCGCUCACGCAUGAUCACACGGAGCUACAGUAUUGAUAAGUCUCCAUGCUCCAGUAACGCAGCGUCCCCUCUCUCUCAGAGGAAGGACAUUAACCGCUCCGAGUCACUGCGGGUCGUCUCCAACAGUCGAAUGCACCGGAUCUUCCGGCCCUCAGACCUCAUCCAUGGAGAGGUGCUGGGAAAAGGCUGCUUUGGACAGGCCAUCAAGGUGACCCACAGAGAGACCGGGGAGGUGAUGGUGAUGAAGGAGCUGAUUCGUUUCGAUGACGAGACACAGAGGUCAUUCCUAAAAGAAGUGAAGGUGAUGCGUUGUCUGGAGCACCCCAACGUGCUGAAGUUUAUAGGUGUCCUCUACAAAGACAAGAGACUCAAUUUCAUUGCAGAGUACAUCAAAGGAGGAACCCUGAGGGAGAUCAUUAAGAAAAUGGAUAUCAACUACCCUUGGAAUCAGAGAGUGAGCUUUGCUAAAGACAUCGCUGCAGGGAUGUCAUAUCUGCAUUCCAUGAACAUAAUCCACCGCGACCUGAACUCAUACAACUGUCUUGUCAGAGAGAAUAACAGUGUGGUGGUGGCAGACUUUGGGCUGGCUCGGCUGAUGGUGGAAGACAAGAUCCAGGACAAGAGUCUCCUGCAGAAGAAGCCUGACCGCAGGAAGAGAUACACUGUAGUGGGCAACCCCUACUGGAUGGCCCCGGAGAUGAUCCACGGGAAAAGCUAUGAUGAAAAGGUGGACAUCUUUUCCUUCGGGAUCAUGCUUUGUGAAAUCAUCGGUAGGGUGAAUGCAGACCCAGACUACUUGCCCAGGGCCCAUGACUUUGGGCUGAAUGUGACAGGCUUCUUAGAGCACUUCUGUCCUCCAGACUGCCCCCCUGCCUUCUUCCCUAUGGCUGUCCUCUGCUGUGACCUGGAUGCUGAGAAACGCCCCGCCUUCACCAAGCUGGAGGAGUGGCUGGAGAACCUGAAGAUGCACCUCGAGAUCCGCCUGCCGGUGGUGUCCGAGCUCGACGCGCUACACAAAGCAUUCUGGGGAAACCACACUGCCCCCACCAUGGCUUGCACAGCCAUGCGGUCUGAAAACGGCCUACCCCCGCACCCCGAGACUCCGGAGUAGAAGGGAUCCGGAACAGAGCGGAAUGCUGCUCGUCUCAGCCCAUGAGAGUGGUCAGAGAGAGGGGGUUAUGGUGGUGGCAAUGGAGUAGUUGCAUUGCACUGUCCAGGGAGGGGUGGGGCAGGAGCUUUGUACGUACCUCCUCAUGCCACAGCAGUCACAGUGGGCUGACAGUGGGCUGUAUAGACUCAGGGGAAACGAGGAUGGGAAAAGCCAGUCUUGCCUAAAGGCACUCACCCAUUCAACUCCAACCAAGAGAGACUCACUCAGACUAACAUUACCACUAUCAUAGCUUCAGUCUGAUGAUUGCUGUACCUUAGCUGAAUGUCAGGCUGGUAACUGCUAGCUAGCAGUAUCAGUCAAUCCCAGCUGUGAAAUCAUCCAUCUUAACACUCAUGUAAUCUUUAUCUUAUGGUGUUAAAGCAUAUUCAGACGUCUCUAAAACAGAAAAGCAGAAAAGAUGCUUCAGCCUCAUUGGUAAGGCUCCUUCCUCCAGAGUAUUUGUGCAACAACGUGUUUGAAAAGUGUUCCUCUGUGUGACUUUGGUUUGAUUUUACGAUAUCAAAACCGCUUUUUGAAAUGCUAAAGAAAGGGGCCUUUUAUGUGGAUAAAACAAAACACAUAAGUUGAGAUGCACACACACAGUCCAGAUGUAGAAUAUAAUCGAGCAAAAGCUUUGAGCAUAAACAAAAAGCUUUUUAAACAUUGCAUGACUGUAAAUAGCCCAGUCUGUGUCAAGUAAGCCUUGUCUGUUGUCUCCUCCUCUCCCCCUCUACUGAUGACACGUGUGUCCCAAAUGGCAUCCUGUUACCUUUAUAGUGCACUGCUUAAGACCAGGUCCCAAAGGGUAUUACCAAAGUAGUGCAUAAUAGGGUGCCAUUUGGGACGUAUUCUUAGUGAUAUUCCUGGUAGUGUAGAAUACAUGGUCCAUGAAUGACUGUGUUCCUUCUCUCACUGUGCAGCACUGACUUCACUUUGAGGUAGACUUCUUUCAUACCUUUUCUACAUUUUUCUAUUUCAUUUGAGUUUAUUACUCUCUUUCUCCUUAUUUCAUUCACGUCGAGGUGAAAUCUUGUGUAUUCAAACAAACGUUUGGACACACCUACUCAUUCCAGGGUUUUUCUUAAUUGUUUUACUAUUUUCUAAAUUGUAGAAUACUAGUGAAGACAUCAAAACUAUGAAAUUACACAUAUGGAAUCAUGUAGUAAC